AUGAGAAUAUUUAUAAUUCUGUCAUUGGUGACGUUGGCAGUUGCUGACAUAAAGUAUUACACUACAGCUGAUGAUAAUAUCGAUAUGGAUACGCUGAUGAAGAACUCGGAGCUGCCUAUAAUAUAUGUCCCACUGCUGGGCACAGGCCUCCUCUCAGAACAAGAGGGCUUGGGUCAUAGUUCCCACGCGGGCCCAGUGCGGAUUGGGAACUUCACACACACAAUUGAAUUGCUUCGCAGGUUGAUGCAGGUUUCCUCACGAUGUUUUCCUUCACCGCAAAGCUCGUGA